AUGUCAACUGGAAUCAAGGUCUUUCUGGUAGUGGCAACAGGAGAAGUCAUCUUAGGAAUGCUAGGAAAUGGGUUCAUUGGACUGGUGAACUGCAUGGAAUGGGUCAAGACUGGGAAGGUUUCCUCAGCUGACUUCAUUCUCACCAGCUUGGCUAUGGCCAGAAUCAUUCAACUGUGGGUAAUACUGUUGGAUGCAUUUAUAAAGGGGCUAUAUCCACAUCUCUAUGCUACUGGUAAACUAGCAGAAGUGGUUUCCAUUCUUUGGGCAUUAACUAAUCACCCAACUACCUGGUUUGCCACCUGCCUGAGCAUUUUCUACUUCCUUAAGAUAGCCAAUUUCUCCCACUCCUUUUUUAUGUGGCUGAAGUGGAGAGUCAACAAAGUGGUUCUUGUGCUUUUCCUGGGGUCUUUCUUCUCACUGCCUGUUAACCUUUUAAUGCAGGACACUCUUAGUGACUGGAUGAAUACCUCUGUUAAAAGAAAUAUGACUUUGCCGUUGGAUAUAAAUACAGUUUUCUAUCUUAAAAGUCUUCUCCUUACUUUGCCCUAUGUGAUCCCCUUUUUCCUGUCUCUGAUCUCUUUGCUCCUUUUAUUUCUGUCCUUGGUGAGACACACCAAGAAUUUGCAGCUCAGCCUGACAGGCUCCAGGGACUCCAGCACAGAGGCCCUUAGAAGGGCCAUGAAAAUGGUGACCAUCUUCCUCUUCCUCUUCAUCACUUACACUGUUACUAUUCUAACAGCAAGUUGGAUCUUUACUAAGGAACAGACAUAUCAGGGCAUGUUGCUUUUCAUUAUGAUUACAGCUGCCUUUCCUUCAGACCACUGUUUUAUUAUAAUUUUGGGAAACAGCAAGCUAAGACAGAUUGCCUUGAGGCUACUGAGAAAAGCAAAACCUUUAACUUCAUAG